AUGUACGAAGAUUUAAAAUCCAAAUCGUCCAAAUUAUCAAUUAUAAUUGACGAUGUCAGCACUACAAAGUUGAAUUCCCUAGAGAAGAAAACACCAAAUCGUGACGUCAUGGAUGCUGUGAAGAAUGCUGCUAGUGAUACGAAGAAGGCCGCAAGCGAUGCGGGUAGCGCUGUCGGCAACGCGGCCUCCAAUGCUGCGGGCAGCGCGAGCGAUGCUGUCGGUGGGGCUGUGGGCAGCGCGAGCGAUGCUGUCGGCGGGGCUGCUAAAGACGCAAGCGCUGCCGUCUCCAAGGCGGUCUCUAAAUAG